CCUGCAGAAGUUAAACGACAAGAGGAGUCUAAAAGAAAAAGGGUAAAAAAAAAGAAUAAAGCGAAAGACAUCCCAACAUGCAAGUCUGUAUUAUAAUAAUUACCAUCAUCUGCCGUUUGACAGAUAAGCUGUCCCUUUUUGUCUCUUCCUUCUCAUUCUUAGCUAUACUCACAACCGUAAUAAACGCUUUUAUAAACAACCUCUGUUCACUUUUACUUUAAACCCCAUUCUUCAUCUUCAACAACUUUCUCUUGCUACUUCUUAAUAUUAAUCUCCUCACAACCAUGGGCUCAAGAGCUAGAAGGAAGCAAAGAUGGUGCACACAAACCUUAACUCCGCUGCUAGAAGGUCCUGACCCUGACAUGCAAGAAGAAGGUAACAAAAAGGAAAGUUCAUGGGAAGUAAUUCGUGAAUGGUUUCGAUUGCAAAAGGGUCUUCCAGCAGGUAACAGUUUUUCAGUAUCGUUACAUGGGAGUAUUCCAGUCAAAGGACAAGAUUUAAGGCUUUUACUUGGAGUUUUGGGCUGCCCUCUAGCUCCAAUCCCUCUAGUUAACGACCCCAUUCAUCGCAUUCACAUUAAAAACACUCCUAUUGAAAAUUCUGCCGCGCAUUAUAUCAUCCAACAAUAUUUGGCAGCAACAGGGUGUUUAAAGCAACAAAAAUGUAUGAAAAACAUGUAUUCAACAGGGAGUGUGAAGAUGAUUCGUUGCGAGACAGAAAUUUCCUCGGGAAAAAACGUGAAGAGCUUGGGGACUAGAAGUGGCGAAAAUGGGUGCUUUGUUCUUUGGCAAAUGUUGCCGGGGAUGUGGUCUCUUGAAUUGGUUGUUGGGGAAAAUAAGGUCAUAGCAGGAAGCGAUGGGAAGACCGUGUGGCGUCACACUCCUUGGCUUGGCACUCAUGCUGCCAAGGGCCCCCAACGCCCUCUACGUCGCAUAAUCCAGGGCUUGGAUCCAAAGAGUACAUCCAGCUUAUUUGCUAAAGCACAAUGCUUAGGGGAGAAAAGAAUUGGCGAGGAUGAUUGCUUCGUCUUAAAAGUAGCUGCUGAUCGAGAAGCUGUAAUGGAAAGAAGUGAAGGGCCAGCUGAGGUGCUAAGGCAUGUACUGUAUGGCUAUUUUUGCCAAAAAAGUGGCCUUUUGAUGUAUUUAGAGGACUCCCAUCUAACAAGGGUGCAAACUCCAGAAAAUGAAACUAUCUAUUGGGAGACUACUAUAGGAAGUAGUAUUGGCGACUAUAGAGAUGUGGAUGGUGUGUUAAUUGCUCAUCAAGGAAGGUCAAUUGCUACAGUUUUUCGAUUCGAGGAAGUGUCAGUGCAACACAGUAGGACUAGAAUGGAAGAAGUAUGGAGGAUCGAUGAUGUUGUGUUCAAUGUGCCAGGGCUUUCAAUGGAUUAUUUCAUCCCUCCUGCUGAUAUCUAUGAUGCUUCUCCAUGAUUAACUGGCAUUAACUAUGUUUUUGACCUAAUUGCAAUACUGGUGGGGUUUGUGGUGUAUUUAAUCUUCAAGUGUAGUAUGUAACCGGUUUCCAAGCCACGAAGAACAAAAUAACCAAUUCAAGCAUGGGAUGGAAUAAGAAGUUAAGUUUAUUAGGUAUUCACAGGCGUUAAAUCUAUAAUAUAGCUAGGUGAAAAGUUGUAUUCAUGCUUGUUACAGUCUUCCCAAGUCUACUUUUGAGUUGGUACUGACAAAUUGAAAAUCGGAGAACGAAUCUUACUGA